GCAAUGGGAAGGCAAAGUGCUGAAACUCCUAUUGAUUCUAGAUAUGAACAGCUGCAAAUCCCAUCAGGGCUGGAUCUGACAGGGUGAACAUCCCAUCCACCCUAGAUACGGACAGCCACCCAAUGAUGUAGGUCUUGGGAUGUGGCUCGACUCCACCUCCCAACAUCCUCUGUCAGACCACCUCCAAACCCCAACAGUAUUUUUAAGUUGGAUAAUGAAGGGUCUGUGUACCAUGUUUAUUCUAGAUCUAUCGUGGGUGGGAUUCACAUGGCUCUCCGGAUGUGGCUGGACUUCAACCCCUAUCACCUUCUAUCAGCUCUCCUCUCCAAACCCUGUUAGUAUUUUAAGUUGGAUCAUGAUGGGUCUGUCUGUCAAGUUUGGUUCAGAUCCAUCAUGGAUCUAAACCAAAGCUUAAUUUUUAUGAAUAGCCUUUUACUAUUUUAACCGCGCUAUUGCUUUUAUUUGACGGUUCUAUUUGCCAUUGUAUUAUUAUUUAAAAUGGUAGUUUGUGUUAAAUAUCAAUGAUGUUUGUUUUUAUUGUGAAUUGUAUUUUAUUUUGUUUAAUGUGGAAAUCUGAGCUUGGCCAUAUGCUAGCCGUUCCAAGUCCCUGCGGGGAGUUGGAGACGGAGUAAAAAAACUGAAGUAGUUGUUGUUGUUAUUAGGGUAGGAUUGACAUCGGUUUGUCUCCCUUUCAGGCUGAGAGAGAGUGAUUUGCCAAAGGUUACCCAGUGAGUUCCCAUGCCUAAGCUGAGAUUUGAAUCCUCCGCAACUCCUAUUAAAUGACUACUGUCUUUCAGAUUCCCAAUAGCUGAAAAAUAUCUUCUUACUUGAGUGAUGAUGCAAGUGAAAGUGAAUAUAGCUUCAAGAAUGCCUAAACAAAACUACUUUCUUUAAAAAAGGGAAAGGAAGGAUAAUUUAAACUUGGGAAAUAUAUAUUUUAUUUUUCUCUAGCUCUUGCAUGGGUUGUGUGCUCCUGCAGGGCAAAAUGGGAUUGGACUGGGACGGCCCUUGUGGUCUCUUUCAGCUCUGUGUGUCUAUAAGGGUUAAAGUGACAAAUGUGCCAUUCCUAGAGAGGAAUCCCUUUGACAGGGCACGGGACAUUAAAAAAAAAUCAAAGCUCCUCCUUUCCGUUUCCGGAACCUCUCUCCCCUUACACCAAAAGAAGGAGUGUCUUUUUCCCAGCAGGGAUUGCUGCGUCCCGCCGAAGCUGUCUGAAAUCCCUUGUGAGUUAUCAUUUGAAGAUUUCAUGGCUUUGUACCUUUCCCUGUGAGACCCCAGAUGAGACAGUUUGCCGCAUGACAUCCAAAUCAAGGUCUUCUUAAUCUGUGUAGCUCAGGCCCAUUGCCCCCUUCCCAAGGUUCCAGACAGGGCUUUGUUCUCUGCACCUUUCAAGUACAAGAUGGAGAAGGGGAUGGCAGAAGUGUCAGGCAUAAUUGCUGUCCCACUGGGCCAACUAGAGACUGAAUUAGAAGUGGAGACAACUAUUAAAAUGGAGGAAGGGCUGCUCCUUGAACCCAGGAUGAGAUCUGAAGAGGUUCCUCACGUCAUUCAGGCUGGGAGUAUUAAAGAGUUCCUCCACCAGGCCUCAGGAAAGCAGUUUACUGAGACUCCGGGUGAAGGGCUCCUUCAGGACUGGGAGACCCAGUGGCAGGAAUUCCUGAAGACGCUGGAGUCUCCUGGUCUGGUCUGGGAGGGCCCACAAUUCACGCAGGCAGAGCCCAACCCGUGGGACGAUGCCCCGACUUUCCUGGCCUCUUUUGAGCAAGUGGCCGAGGCCUUCCGGUGGCCCAAGGGAGAGUGGGCAGCCCGAAUCCUGCCAGCUCUUGGAGACGAAGGCAAGGAGGCCAUCAGAAGCUUGGAGGCCCAAGAUAGAAGAGAUUACGGGAAAGUCAAGGUGGCCAUUUUGCGCAGGGACACCUUCAGCAGGGAGCACAAGCGACAACAAUUCAGGCAUUUCAGCUACCAGCAGGAAGAGGGGCCGAGAGGGGCUCACAUGCACCUCCAGGAGCUUUGCAACCACUGGCUCAAAGCCGACAGAUGCUCUAAGGAGCAGAUCUUAGAGCAGCUGAUCUUGGAGCAGCUCCUGGCCGUCCUGCCUCCAGAAAUCCAGAGCCAGGUCAGGGAACACGCCCCAGAGACCUGCAUCCAGGCAGUGGUUCUGGCCGAGGAUUUCCUACUGAUGCAGCAGGAGAAAUGGGAACAACAGGAGCCCAGCAGAGUGAGUGUGAUUUUACCUACAGCAGAGGAACAACUCCAGCUCUCAGAGCUGACAGAGAGUUGCCAAGAGGGCAGCGGGGAAACCAGCAAUCCUGACAACACUGGCGUUUUAUUGGAGGAUCCAAUUCUGUAUGAGCCAGUGACAGAUGAUGAAAAUGACAGCAAUGAGCAAGAUUGUCCUUUGGAGCCCCCAAGUCCCUCACCACAAAGGACAGAACAUUCCCCAACUUUGCAACAGUCAGAAGCUUCUGGAAGUUGUAAUGAGCCAUCAACGACUACAAAGAAAAGCCCGCCCAAAAAAGCUGUCAAGAAACUGAAUUAUUUGAAGCAGGAAAAUGGGGGAACCAAGAAAGCAACAGCCUCUUCUUCAAAAGGCAAGAGCUUAAAAGAAAAAGAUCCCUCUUAUUCCCCCAUUCAGUCCAGAAAGAAACCCAUUAAAUGUACUGAGUGCGGGAAGAGCUUCUGUCGGAGUUCCUACCUUUCUCAGCACCACCGAAUCCACACUGGAGAGAAACCCUUUAAAUGCUCUUACUGCGAGAAAGACUUCCGGGAACGCUUCCACCUUUUGAGGCACAAGCUGACACACACAGGAGAGUUUCCAUACAAGUGCAAGGACUGUGGCAAAGGCUUCCGCCAGUCUACCCGCUUACUGACGCACCAAAAGAUGCAUGUUGGGAGCGUCACCUACAAAUGCUCUGAAUGUGGGAAAAGCUUCAAGCAGCAUGCCAAGUUCAGCCAGCAUAAGAAAACCCACCUGAAGGGGAAGACCUACCCUUGUCCUCGCUGCAGGAUGACCUUUGAUCGGCUCUCGCUCCUUUACGACCACAAGAAGACCCAUGCGCCGGCAAAUGCUUACCGGUGCCCCUUCUGCGACAAACUCUUUCGUAACCGGUCGAGCUUCAUGAAGCACAAAUUGUCCCACACGGGGGAGAGGCCCUACACGUGCUCCACGUGCGGCAAGACCUUCAUCCAGUCUUCGAACCUCAACAGGCACGAGAAGAUCCACACGGGGGAGAAGCCGUACACAUGCCAAACCUGCGGCAAGACCUUCAACCAGAGGUCCCAACUGACCCAGCACCUGAACACCCACAAAGGCUUCAAGGUGUAUAAAUGCUUGGACUGUGGAGAUACCUUCACAAACCGCUCGCACCUGAUGAAGCACAAGAUGAUCCAUAGGAAUGAGGAAGAGGAAACCUAAUUUGACUAUAUUAAGAAAUAGUUAGGAUCAUAGGAGCCUAGAUCUGGAAGAGGCCCCAAGAGCCAUCCAAUCCAACCCCAUUCUGCCAGACAAGAACACCCAAUCAAAGCAACCCAACAAAUGGAGACUCCUUCCACUUUUAAGAACUGUCUCUUCUGACAAGUCAAGAAUAUUUCAACUUCUGGUAUCGCAUUGUGUUCAGUUUCCAUGUCCAAUAUUUCUUGGAUUUCACUUUCUUUACUCAUUUGUUGAGUUAUUCCAUCUAACAUUUGCUUUGCGGGUGGAUUCUUCAGCUCCUUGGUAUUCCUUCUGUUUACACAACUGCCGUGAGUUUCAACUCUGGUUCUUUGGGAUAUCUGAUUAGAUUCUUUUACAUGCUGCAAGCUUUCAUCAAUGCUUCCUUGAAAAUCCUUCACAUUAAGACCCUUGUAAUUAUUUGGCUAACUGAUCAAACCCUUUUUCUGAGCAAGCUCCACACUGCUAGGAUCAGAAAGUGAGAGCACUCCUUUUAAAGAGUCUUAUGAGAUGCAGGAUUUCAUGCGUAACUCAGCAAUGAAUUAAGAAAUGACUGAAGCCUUCCACAACAUAAAAAUAUCACAAAGAAACCUUGUACUUCUUAGAACAUGUGCAGAAUAUCUGGUCCCAUCUAGUUUUCCAAAUACCGUUGAACAUCUAACUCCCAGCAUUCACCAAACAGUUGACAUACAGCCCAAGUCUCAUUCCUGUGUUAGAAAGAAGGGUUUUAGUUGUGAAAACGAAGUUUUCGUGCUUCCUUUGUAAAUGAUGUUCAAAUGAAGAGAAUCUGAAUUGGGGUUCUCCUUAAAAAGGACAGGUGUGAGGUUUAGAAUAUUAGCAAUAUUAUUUUGGGCUGAAACAUGUUUCAACCAUUUUAGCGUCUCUUUUGUCACCCUUCCUUUGAGAAGUUAGAGGGUAUUAACUUGGUUAGUUUUUAGUGUAACGUUGAUUAUUUUAAUAUAAUGCUAAUGGAUUUGAGUAAUCAAAUUACCGUAUAUACUCGAGUAUAAGCCAACCUGAAUAUAAACCGAGGCACCUCAUUUUACCACAAAAAGCUGGGAAAACCUAUUGCCUCGAGUAUAAGCCUAGGGUGGGAAAUGCAGCAGCUAUGGGUAAAUUUCAAAAUAAAAAUAGAUACCAUUAAAAUUAUGUUAAUUGAGGCAUCAGUAGGGUAAAUGUUUUUGAAUAUUUACCGUAUUUCAAAGAAAAACUGUAAACUAGCUCUGUUAGUGGAAAUGUAGGGUCAACAAAAACCUUAUGGUAUCAACAACAACAACAACAACAACAACAACAUAAUAAUAAUAAUAAUAAUAAUAAUAAUAAUAAUAAUGAUGACAAAGUUCUGGAACACAACACACCAGACAUCACUGUUGUGGAAAAGAAAAAGGAAUAUUGAUGUUGCCAUCCCAGGUGACGGUCGCAUUCACGAAAAACAACAGGAAAAACUCAGCCGCUAUCAGGUCCCGGUGGUGAUCGGCAUUUUGGGUGCCAUGCCAAAAGAUCUCAGCCGGCAUUUGGAAACAAUAGACAUUGACAAAAUCACGAUCUGCCAACUGCAAAAGGCCACCCUACUGGGAUCUGCGCGCAUCAUCCAAAAAUACAUCACACAAUCCUAGACACUUGGGAAGUGUUCGACUUGUGAUUUUGUGAUACAAAAUCCAGCAUAUCUAUCUUGUUUGCUGCAUCAUACAAUAAAAUAAUAAUUCAUUUGUAUUCCGCCCUAUUUCCCCAUGGGGACUCAGGCCAGCUUCCAACAUAGGAACAGGCAAACAUUCAAUGCCUAUAUAAGCAAUGCAGAGCUAGAUAUAUAGUGUUCCCUCACUUAUCACAGGGGUUAGGUUCCAGGACCACCCGCAAUAAGUGAAAAUCCGUGAAGUAGGGACGCUAUAUAUUUAUACAUUAUUUUAGUAGUUAUAUACUAUUUUAAGUCUUUAUCAAUCGUGUGUUGAUCAAUCGCCUCCUUCUCCUGUUGCCGCUUAGGAUCCCUUUCUCUCCCUUUGGCUUCUCCUUCCUCCCUUCCUUAGGCUGUAAAUUGUAAUUUUUUAUGAUUUAUAAUAUUAUUUUAGAGUUUAUUGAAAAACCACAAAACAGCGAAUCCACAAGAAGCGAACCGCGAAGUAGUGAGGGAACACUGUAGAUCUAUAAUUUAUUUAUUUUUUCGUGUCAGGAACAACUUGAGAAGCUACAAGUCGCUUCUGGUGUGAGAGAAUUGGCAAUCUGCAAGGACGUUACCCAGGGGACACCCUAAUGCUUUACCAUCCUUGUGGGACGCUUCUCUCAUGUCCCCACAUGGAGCUGGAACUGAUAGAGGGAGUUCAUCUGCGCUCUCCCCGGGUUAGAUUGGAACCGGCAACCUUCAGGUCAGCAACUCAACCUUCAAAUCAUCAGUCCUGUCGACACAAGGGUUUAACCCACUGCGCCAUCGGGGGCUCCAUAAGAUCUAUAAUUAUAUAUACUAAGUUCACAUGUACAUUUCCCCCUGAAACAUUUGCAAAUCCUCUCUGUGUGCAUUUCCCUCCUGCACUAUUUGCAAGCCCUAUAUAUCUAUGUUUAUAUCUAUCCAGACAUCUCUAUGUGUGCGUGUUUUUCCCCUGCAAUAUUUGCAAGCUCUAUAUAUUUAUAUUCAUAUCUAUCUAGACAUGUCUAUAUAUAUAUAGAUAAUUAUAUCUAUAUAGGAUUUGCAGAAACUUGCAAACAUGUGAGGGGAAAAUUAAUAUAUAAAAAUAAUGUAUACAUAUAGAUACAGAUAUACAGGUUCAUGGAAGUAUCUAGGUAUCUAUAUGUAUAUAGAAUUUGCAAAGACCUGCAAACAUAAGAGAGGAAAAUUCAUAUACAAAAUUAAUGUAUAUAGAUAGAUACAGAUUAGGUACAUAGGGAUUACAAAGGCUUGAAGGGGAAAAUGUCUGUAUGUAUAUCUGUAGGAGAGAAUAAUAAAUAUUUCAGGGGAAAAUGCUUUUAUAAGAUCAAUGGAUAUAUAUUUUUCUUCUUGGCUUGCAAGGGCUUCUCUCGCCCUCCUUUCCCUUUUCAAAAUAUUCCCUUGGUUAAGAGCAAGGGAGGCUUUGGAAAAGAAAACACACUGUUAAGGGAGGGGAAGAGGAGAGAGAAAUAUAUCAUAUAUUGCAAGUAAUGGCCUCCAGGCUCCGCUGCCCAGCUUUGACCCCAUUAUAAGCCGAGAAGCUUUUUCAGCUCAUAAAAAGAGCUGAAAAACUCAGCUUAUCUUCGAGUAUAUAUGGUAAUCAGUGAAUUGUUCAUAUUUCUUUGGGUCAACAGUAAAAUGUUACCCCUCUUUAAUGAAUACAAGGAAAACUGAGAAAGCUUUCUUUUCAGUGCAAAUGUUCUUAUUAGAAAAAGGAAUUCCUGAUUAUUCAGUCUUGUAUUGCCAGGCAAUGCUCUGUUUUUGUGCCACUGUUGUCUUCUUGAAUUUGUUUUGAAAUAAAAAUGGACACUUAAAAUGAA